ACUAAAACAGGUGAUGGACGUUGUUCGAAAAUGCCUUUUAAUAUAACAAAAUAAUUAUAAUAAUAACAAUUACUAUAAUUAAAAUUAUCCUGUGAUACUUAUAAUACACCAGUUGUAGUUUGUGCAUCUGUACAAGUCGAGUGCAAUCGUUAAAUGUCAUUCGAGUGAAAAGGUCUGUGCAUUCCCUCCAAUUUCUUAACUGAUAUUGACAUUGGAUUAAUAAAAGUACGAAAUGCCUUUGUUGAGAAAGAAGACUCUGGAGCGCCCCAAUGAUGUCCUGGAAAUGUUAAAAGAUGAUGAUGAGGUGUUCUUUUGUGAGAUAACGAAUGAGCUCUUUCGCGAUUAUGAGGAAUACUGCGAAAGGAUAAUCCUAGUGAACUCCAUGGUCUGGUCAUGUUCCAUGACCGGCAAAUCAAAUCUAACAUACGCAGAGGCUCUAAAAAGUGAAGAAGAUGCAACUAGAAAACUCAAAAAGUUUCCACCAGAGUUGCGAGGUCCAAUUUUAUAUUUGGCCUCUCAGACCAAAAGGAAAAACUUGGGGGAUAUGCUAGAAGAUGUCUUUCUAUAUGCUAAAGAUAAAUAUUUCGUGGGCGAGAAAGUUCUAGUACCAUCGGAUGAGGAAUUUGGUGAAGCACGAAUUGUUAAAGUUAAUGAAGUUAUAACAGACGGAACUAAAUCUUACACCUACGAUGUCAAAAUCUUGCCAAUAAAACCAGAUUCCAAAAUCAUCACCCUUAAUUCAGAGCACAUUCAGCGAAAAAAAAGCUCCUACAAUCGCCCCAAAAAUAAACUAUUCCUAAAACAAUACGUAGAACAAGCCGAUGGGAUCUUUCGCAUUAAAGAAUCGAUUUUAAAAAAAUACAAUAUACACGAAAUGAAAUUUAGUGAUAUUUUUGUUGGCGAGAAACCAAUUUUUGGAUCAUCGAUGAAGGCGUCCAAGGCUGAUUUGAAUAGUUCCUUGAAGCACCAGAAGCAAGAAAGUAUAGCUAAAUAUUUUUCGAAGGUCGAUGGAUCACAGGCUGCUUAUAAUAUGGCGAAUGGUGACUCUAAGGGGCUGAAGGAUAAGCCGUUUGCACAUAAGAAAAGUAGUGAAGAAAUCAAACAGAAAAUUCUGGAAGAUAAAAAAAUGUUGAAGGAGGAACGGCAAAUCGCCAAAAUGAACGUCAAAGAUAUGGAAACGCGCAUGCAUAAAUUCUUGCGACAAUGGCAUGCUGUAAAAGAGGACCUGGAAUUAACCGAUCAACGAGCCAUACCAUCACCAAUACCCAUCGACGCAUUCAUCCCGAACAAAUUGGUUGGAGAUUUUAUAACUUUACUAGAAUUUCUGGAAACGUUUCAAAAGGAAUUGCAUGUUAAAGAAUCCUUUCCUCAUGGCGUCAGCUGGGAUACCUUUGAACGGGCGCUUACGUUGAAGGAAAUCAAUGGGCCCUUGCAUGAUAUUUUUCAACUGCUUUUGGGUUAUAUUUUUGAUUGUCUGGCUGAGGAAUAUGCGGCUGAUGGGAAUGCAAGACCGGUACCGGCUUUGUUUUCAACUGCCAAGGAAAACACUUUACCGUGGUACGUGGAUUGCGCAACGGCUGCAUGGAGGUACGCAAACAUGCAGUUUGGUUCAAGUUUGAUCAAGAAACGAAUGGACGCGGUUACUUUAUCAGAGUUAUUGCGGUUGCAUCUGUUGUCUUCUGGGGCUAAAGUCAAAGACAAUCUUGCAAAACUUAGGUAUUCUACGAGAGGCGGUUAUGAUUCCACGGAUGAUCCGGGGUUGCAGUUAAGAAUAACGCAACCGCAUAUUUUAAAAGCUUUGAGUAUGUAUAAUUUAUGCCAGAUGCCUAGAAGGGAUAUUUUGAAACUGCUGAUGUGUUUGAUGGAUCAAAUUUUAACGUACACGCCGAUUAGAGACCUUGUUGAGAAGCGUUUGGAGGCCAGCGCUAAAGCUAAAUUAGAUUUAAAGAAUUUGCAAGCUACGCAUCGCAAAACCGAGGCGGAAUAUACUGCUAAUAAACAAAAGUACACCAAAGACAUGCAACUUAGUUCUACUAAAUCCAGGGAAAAUUCAGCGGCGUUGGAGGCUUUUGAAAAGGAGCAUCAAGCUUAUAUGCAGAAGUACACUGAAGAAUGUGAUGAAUUACUGAGAAUACAAUUUAGCCAUGAGAUUUAUUUAGGUUCGGAUAGAUGUUACAGGAGAUACUGGUUGUUUGAGUCUGUACCAGGGUUGUUUGUGGAAGAUCAUGAACCCAAUGCAGGACCGUGUUUAACAAAUAUUGUACAACAGCAUCCUGUGCUGUCUACUUGCGAGCCCGGCGCGUACAUAACGAAGUUAAAAGCUAUUUUCAGGGAACACCAUAGAUCUACGCACGAUAAAGAGAAUAACGACAUCAGUAUUAUUUCUAAAAUCGUCAACAAUAACACCGUGAUCGAUACUGAAACCCUACACAGCAAAGCUUUGGAGUUGAACAUGUGCACCGCCGAUAACAAGUCUUGCAAAAUCCACGGCGACGUUGAAAAAACCCGAUGGUCCUUCUUCUACACCAAAGAGCAAGUCGAUGCUCUGAUGGCGUCGUUGAACAAACGCGGCGUACGGGAAAAAUACUUACUCAACAACCUCAAACAAUGGAAAGAACUAAUCUACGACCACAUCGAAAACUGCCCUCUGGAUAAACUCACCAAACAUUUAGCCCCUACCAAAAAUCUAAGACCCAAACUGAAAUACAACAUGAACGACAUCAACCUUAACCAUACCCCAGGCACCGACCCAGAAGUGAUUUUAAAAGACACUUUAGGGGAAUUUAUUUUAGAGUUUUAUGAAAAACUUGAAAGUGGUUUUUUGGCGAAGCUGAAUGUGGAGAAAUACAAGGUCUGGGCUGAUGCUCUGCGCAAUGGUGAAUAUGAUAUGCAGUGCGAUGAAAUUUGUUGGGGCAGGACGCACGAUAAUAAAAUGUUUGUGAAAAAACGGGACGGUGAAAUUAUGAUGGUGGUUGUUACUGCUAAGGAGGAUUCGAAGUCGGAGCAGGGCGAUGACGAUGACAACGGGGAUGAUGAUGAUGAAGACGAUGAGGAGUAUACUGUUGUGGAUGGAGCUAUACAAGGAUUUUACGAUCCCGGCAGUACUUUGGGUGCUACGAUGGAAAUUGAAAGCGAGGAUAGCGAUGAAGAAACUUUUGUCUUGCAUGAAUCUUCUUCGAUGAAGCAAGACUUAAAUAAUUUAGCAAGUGCAUUGUUACAGGUUGCACAGUCUAUUCACAAAACAAAUUUGCAUAGACCAUUGGGGCCAGUAGCGAAAAAAGUGGACAAACGAGGCAAUUUCAACAUUAACGAACACAAAAGCAGGAGGAUGUUCAGAAUUUGGGAAGUGUCUUUGAUGAACUGCACGAGUUACGGACAGAUACUUUCUCAUUACCAUGCCUUGGAACAAUGUGUCAUUUGGAAUAAUGCUAUAACUAAUUCUCGGUGUAAGGUUUGCAAUAGGAAAACGAAGCCGUCUACAUUAUUAAUUUGUGAUAAAUGCAAUGCUAUGGUUCAUAUGGAUUGUACUAAUCCGGCUUUGAAGGAAAUUCCGGAUGGUGAUUGGUUCUGUAAUGAUUGCUCUGUACCUGUUGCAGAUAAAGACAAAAAUAGUAAUCGGUCCAAGAGGGCUGCUAUUAAAAAGAAUCAAGAAGAAGAUGAACCGUCUAAAAAGAAACGACGGAAUGCGGCGCACGAAACAAAUGGAGUCGACUCGGAAUCUGAUAGCGAAAAAGAAUUACCCAACGGUGUUCAUAAUGAUAGGCAAACUAAAUUGAAAAAUAAUAAAAGAACAUCAUCCCUAUCAACGGCUUCAAGUCUAGUGCCUUUAUGUGAUGCCUGUCGAUCUGGUGGCGAGCUGAUUUCCUGCUGUGUCUGUUCGACGAGCUGGCACAUCGAAUGUAUCAAACCGGCCAUGAGGAGGACCCCCAGGGGCAAAUGGGCAUGUUCGCAGUGCUCGUCAAAGACAAGCAAUGGCACAAAGAGAUCACUGGACACAACGGCUAACCAAGAUGAUGAGUACCAUCAGCAAUCAUCAAGGCGUUCUGCUAAUGCCUGUCGCAAAAGGAUUUUGAACUAUGCGCAUAUGAUAAAUGAUGAGGACCAACAUAGCAGCGAAAGCGAUUCAUCCCUAUCAUCCGACAAUGAGCAAUCAUUCGCCAUCACACCAGUAAGAAAAAGUAAAAAAAAGGAAUCCAUAGUCAACGAUAGUUUAAAUGCAUCGGCCAACUACCCUUUCCCUCAGUACAAACAAAUUGAGGGUUUGUUAACGGAUAUUGCGAAACAUAGGGAUUCCUGGCCCUUUAUGGCACCUGUUACUUUAGAGGAGGUUCCAGAUUAUUUUGAAAUUAUUUCAAAACCGAUGGACUUUGGCACCAUCAGGGACAGAUUGAAAGCCGGAGAUUAUAAAGAUGUGAAGGAGGUGGUUGAGGACAUGUCUUUGGUGUUUGAGAAUUGCGAUACGUAUAAUAACGGAGAAAGUGAUGUUUUCAAGUAAGUGGAAAAAAAAAGCAAAAAAUAUGAAUAUAUUUUCACAAUUAUAAUUUUCUUCUUUCUAUUUUCCAGAGCAGGAACCAGACUUCUCAAAUUCAUUUUGAAAAAGAGUCAAGACUGGAAUCUUGACUUUCCACAAAGUAUCAUCGACGCAUUCAUAGAAUAG